UUAGUUUGUAACUGACGUCCUCUCGAAGCACCUUGGUUUAAACCCAACCUUAAAUUACACACGCUUCAAUUAGAAUCCUUUUACAUAGUCUAAAUAAACAUUGCGCACGGAAAUAUCUUCAAUUUCGUUGUUCGAAACCAUGGCGUCGAGGGUUUUACUCGGCCGACUUCAAAGCGCCUCUGCAGCUGCUCCGAUGCGCGCCGCCCGGGGCUUCCACGCUACGACUCGAGCGAUGGCCGACACAACGACUCCCUUACCUACUCGCAAGCCCGUGGGUGCCUUUCGCGGAGGACUGUUCGGUUUCCUCCUAGGUUCGACUCUUACCGGUGCUGGCAUUUACAGCUACGUCCUACGGGAAUAUAAGGCUUCUAACGAGCUAUUGACGGAGGACAUCUAUGCUCUACAGGCUGCGUGCCAGCGACUGAAUGCGUACGUCCAACAACUCGAGGAGAAGAUGGACGCCGCGGAAAGGAAAAGGAAGUAAAUAAAAUGAACGGACGGACGAGACGGGGCAUAGUGGAGUCGGAUAAAGGACACGGACGACUGAACCGGGUUAGUGACGGUGUGAUGGACGGGGUAAUGGUGUAGGAAUAUUGAGCAUCGUACAUACAUACAUUUCUCGACACUGAAAGCAAACAUGCAGAGGGUUCGCACUUCCAAAAAAGAAGAACUUUGGUUUUCUGUUAGCUAGCGGGGAGUUAAAAAAGAAUUGAUGGCUAAGCUAUACCGAAGCACGAGAAUGCGUGUCAUGAUUCUGCAAGACUAUACGUUUCGUGUGUUACUUGAAUUUCCAUUCUAGACUCCGCAUAAUACGCAACAAGCCAUCCUUGAUCUUCUCAUACCGUAGUUACCGAAGCAUCUUUACCAAGUCGGGUCCAACACAUAAUUGUUCAUUAUACGGUUAUACCACUUCUCAAUGUAUCCAAGAGCUCCGGGACUUUAGGUAGCUUCCAUACUUUAGGUAGACUUCGGGAGAGUUCCACUUUUAACCGGCCCGGCCCGCAUACGCUC